GGUCAAGCAUUCUGAAUCUAUCUUCCCCGAAACGACCGAACCUACAUCUCUAGCUUCCAAAUCGUUGAAACAUGUCGGACGAAGAGCACCACUUCGAGUCCAGCGACGCCGGAGCUUCCAAGACCUACCCUCAGCAGGCUGGUAACAUCCGUAAGGGUGGUCACAUCGUCAUCAAGGGCCGUCCCUGCAAGGUUGUUGAGGUUUCGACUUCAAAGACAGGGAAGCACGGUCACGCAAAGUGUCACUUUGUUGCCAUUGACAUCUUCACUGCUAAGAAGCUCGAGGAUAUUGUUCCCUCUUCCCACAAUUGUGAUGUUCCCCAUGUGAACCGUAUUGAUUACCAGUUGAUUGAUAUCUCCGAGGAUGGCUUUGUCAGCCUUUUGACCGACAGUGGUGGCACCAAGGAUGACCUCAAGCUUCCCACCGAUGAUAGUCUGAGCGCUCUGAUGAAGAGUGGAUUCGAGGAGGGAAAGGAUGUUGUGGUGUCUGUCAUGUCUUCAAUGGGAGAGGAGCAGAUCUGUGCCGUCAAGGAAGUUGGUGGUGGCAAGUAAACCCAGCCAGUAUCAUUCUCUAUACCCUGAGAGGAUAAUAUUAUUACCAGUGGUCAUAUGUUAUAAGAACCAAAAACUUGUUUUUUCCUUUUUCUAAUUUAGAUCAUUUGUGUUGUGUUUCUUGUUUGCAAGACAACCAUUAUCUAUUAUUGGUUUUGGAUUGCUUAAAAGUUUCGUGUUUUAAACGGGGAAUGUUUUCCUAUGAGAUUCUUAAAUCCCUUUGCUUAUUA